AUGUCAAACCUCGCCGCUUCUAACGCCGACGAACGACCGCGAAAAACCAACCAACCACCGUCGUCUUCAUUGUCAUCGCCAAUAUCGCUUUUGUCACUGCCACUGGACAUGGUUUUGAACGUCUUAGCCCGCGUACCAAAACGGUUUUACCCAAUCCUCUGUUGCGUCUCCAAGAAGAUGAGGAGUCUUGUUCUCUCGCCUGAGAUUCACGAGACUCGAUCUUUACUCGGAAAAAAUUCUCUUUAUAUCUUCUUCUUGGACGAAAUCUCUCGUCGUCCCUUAUACGUCUACUGGUACACUCUCCGCAGGUUUAUGCUCUAUGUCCUAUGUCCUCGUGAAGGUAUGGCCUCGUACGAUACUAGAGAUGGUUCUUGUCAGAGAUCUGAGAUGCCUAAAGAUAAUUGGCGGCAUUCAGGAACGUGCGUGAUUGACAAUGUGCUCUACCUUUACUUCUCUAGAUUCGGGUUAAUGUGGUAUGACACUCAACUGAUGAUAUGGAGGGUGGUUUAUGGUUUUGAUCUUGGCAAAUCUCAAUGCGUUGGAAUAGCUGAAUACUAUGGGAAGUUGGCAAUUCUAUGGGAGAAACCAAGUCCUGUUAAUCGUGAAAGCAAAGAGAUUUGGUGUACAAUGAUUGGUUUGCAUGUAGGGAUUCAUGGAGCUGCAGAACCCUCUCAACUUCUCGGGAUUGUUCCUCAUUGCUAUAUAAUGCGUUGUUGUCUGUCCGUUUCGGCUUAG